AUGAGUUUCCAACCACUUAACCCCCGUCCUUUCCUCCAGGCUCGCGUCGGCAGCGAAGUCAUUAUCCGCCUGAAGUGGGGCCAGACCGAGUACAAGGGCACUCUCGAGACUAUUGAUUCAUACAUGAACGUCCUGCUGCGCAACCCAGAGGAAUACAUCGACGGCAAGCUCUCCGGCGCAUUGGGCAUGGUGAUGAUCCGAUGCAACAACAUCCUGUGGGUGGGAUCGGCAGAUACAGUCGAUAUGGAGAAUAUGGAAUACAAAUAA